ACAAAACGUAGCAGCUAGGGUUUUUAUAAAGCGCCAAAGUUCCCUUCCGCCUUUUGCCUCACUCAGCAGCAGCAGCCCUGCAAAUCCUGUUCUAGGGUUUCGCUCUCUUUCUUGAGGAAGUAUUUGCACAGGAAUUGCAGCGAGGAAAAGGCUGUAACCAUGAGUAAGCUCUCAAGUGACGGGCUGAGAGAGGCCAUCGCUCAGAUUAAGACAAACUCAGAAACGAAAAAGAGAAAUUUCACCGAGACAGUUGAACUUCAAAUUGGGUUGAAGAACUAUGACCCACAAAAGGAUAAGCGUUUCAGUGGCUCUGUCAGGCUUCCACAUAUUCCUCGUCCUAAGAUGAGGGUUUGCAUGCUUGGGGAUGCUCAGCAUGUUGAAGAGGCAGAGAAGAUGGGUUUGGACUACAUGGAUGUGGAAAGCUUGAAAAAGCUUAACAAAAACAAGAAACUGGUCAAGAAGCUUGCCAAGAAAUACCAUGCCUUUUUAGCUUCUGAAGCUGUCAUUAAGCAAAUUCCUCGUCUUCUAGGCCCUGGUCUUAAUAAGGCAGGUAAGUUUCCAACAUUGGUGAGUCACCAGGAAUCUUUGGAGGCAAAAGUGAAUGAAACCAAAGCAAUGGUGAAGUUCCAACUUAAGAAGGUUCUUUGCAUGGGUGUUGCUGUGGGGAAUUUGGCUAUGGAGGAGAAGCAGAUUUUUCAGAAUGUACAACUCAGUGUCAAUUUCUUAGUUUCACUAUUGAAGAAGAAUUGGCAGAAUGUGAGGUCCUUGAACCUGAAAAGUACCAUGGGGAAAGCAAUCCGUAUCUACUAAGUUCUUAAGCUCUAUCAGAGACUUUUGUAGCGGAGGAAGCAUUAGCAGAACUUUAAUUAAGACAUUUCUUGCAAAUGAUUUUAUGUUCCCUUUUGUUUUUGUUGACUUUGAUUUCUUUGUUUAAAUUAUAAUGAGUACUGUAUUUUUGGUUUGAACGAAUGUUGGAAGAUUUUGAAAGAAAUUUUCUUCACCCCC